AGUUCCGUCCUGCCUUCGGCUGCCCUGUGCCUGCCCUGUGCCUGCUGCCUUGCCUGGAUUUCACCUACUUUUGGAGUUCAGCUACUUCUGGCCCCUUUUUCUGCACUGUCUGAAGUUUGUAUUAAAGGUACAAAUCGAGAGGGAAAAGGCACGGCCACGAUCCACUCAGGAUGUCGGGAUCCAUCCAAGUGCGACGGGAGCGGCGGGAGCAGCGGGAGCUCGAGACGCACUAUGAGAGCAGUUACCACCGAAGCUCGCUGUCGUCAGUCAGCCACAAAUCUUACGCGGCUCACGUGAGCAGCAAGGGGGUGAAGACUUUGAAGAAGAAGCAAGUGAAAAAGCUCAGUAGCAUCACGAAAAAAGAUAGACGCCUCUACUUGGCCGUCGGCCAUGAAGAUGAGGUCAUCGGCUACGUGGUGCCUGUCUUUAGAAGCAGUCAUUUAGCCACACAGGAGUUGAUGGAGAGUCAGGAGGAGCUGAAGGAGGAAGGGUUGGGUUAUGUGGUCAUGAGGAACCUUUUCUCCAGAGAGACUGACCACAAGAUCAGAGUGCACAAGAAGAGCCGGAGUAUAAGCAUGAGGGAGUCUGCUGAGCGCAUGGCCCUGGGAAAGAAGAUGCAAGAGAACAUGGAGUUCCGGAAGAAGAUGAACCUGGACAGCCUGACCCAUCCUGCGGAGUUUGUGGUGAAGCCACGGGGACAGACAGUUUGGGAGGGCAAGGAUGUGACCCUGCACUGCACUGUGGCUGGCUGGCCCAAACCUCGCGUGGCCUGGUACAAAAAUAAUGUGCUUAUUGAUGCCAAGGCUCACCCUGAGAAGUACAUCACAGAGAGCAAUUACAAUAUGCACUCCCUGGAAAUUAAGAAGUGUGAUUUCACAGACACUGCUGAGUACCGUAUCUCAGCUCUUAAUGUGAAGGGUGAGAAGUCUGCCUUUGCCUCAGUGAUCAUUAAAAGAUUCAAAGAUGAAGAAGUGAGUGAAAGACCACAUGGUUACAGUCCUGAACAUGGCGUCACCUUCAGGACCACCAUUAUUGACAAGUUUGGGGUUGCCUUUGGCAGAGAGGGGGAGACCAUGAGCCUGGGCUGCGUUGUCAUCGUCUACCCCACUGUGAAGCGCUACCAGCCCGAGGUCGUCUGGUACAGGAAUGGCGUUGUUCUGGCUCCCUCUAAAUGGGUGCAGAUGCACUGGAGUGGCAAGCAGGCCACUUUGACCCUGGUCCACCUCAACAAGGAGGAUGAGGGACUCUACACCCUGCGUGUCAACACCAAGUCCGGCUUUGACACCCACUCCGCCUACGUGUUCGUCAGAGAUGCUGAUGUGGAGGUGGAGGGACUUCCUGUUGCUCCGCUUGAUGUGCGCUGUCAUGAUGCUAAUAAGGAUUAUGUGGUGGUGACCUGGAAACAGCCUGCAGUCGAGGGCAGCAGUCCCAUCUUGGGCUACUUUAUAGACAGGUGUGAGGUUGGCACCCAGCACUGGGCCCAGUGUAAUGACACCCCGGUGAAGUACGCCCGCUUUCCUGUCACUGGGCUCGUUGAGGGACGCUCAUACGUCUUCCGGGUCCGCGCCCUUAACAGGAGUGGGGUGAGCCAUCCUUCCCGGGUAUCUGACCCUGUGGUUGCCAUGGACCCAUCUGACCGUGCCCGUCUGAGAGCUGGUCCUUCUGCCCCUUGGACUGGUAUGAUCAAAUUCACUGAGGAAGAUCCCACAGUGGGUGUAGUCCCUGGGCCUCCUUCUGAUCUGGCAGUUGCUGAGGCCACUAAGAGCUAUGUGGUGCUUGGCUGGAAUCCCCCUGUGCAGAGGGGCCAUGAGGGGGUCGUGUAUUAUGUGGAGAAGUGUAUGGUCGGCACUGACACCUGGCAGAGAGUGAACACCGGGAUGCCAGUUAAGUCUCCCCGCUUUGCGCUGUUUGACCUGGCCGAGGGAAAGUCCUACAGCUUCCGUGUCCGCAGCUGCAACUCGGCAGGAGUGAGCGAGCCGUCCCAGGAGACCAAAUCCAUUACCGUGGCCGACAGACUGGACCUGCCCUCGGCACCAGGGCCUGUAGUGGCCAUCAGAAACACGGCUUCCUCCGUUGUGGUGACCUAUGGGGCUUCUAAGGAGGCCCAAACUCUGUUGCGCUACUAUAUUGAGGCCAGUGUGGUAGGCAGCGAGGUGUGGGUCCCCUGCAACAACAAACCUGUGAAAGGCACCAGGUUUGAGUGCCACGGACUGAACGAGGGAGAUAAGUACGUGUUCAGGGUGAAGGCUGUCAACUCUGCUGGAUACAGCACUUAUUCGGGGGACUCAGAGGCCUGCCUUGUGAAAGCGUGCAUCACGGUGCCUUCACCCCCAUUGACUGUCACUAUGGUGGAGCGGGUUCGUGACUGCAUGGUGGUGAGCUGGCGGGCCCCUGCUAACACCGGGGGGGCCGACAUCAGGGGGUACUAUCUGGACUACAGGACCGUUAAGGGCAGCAUCAAGAGCCAAUGGCGCGAGAUCAAUGUGAAGAUCAUCACUGGCACUACCUAUAAGGUCGAGAACCUGAAGGAGAACACGCUCUAUGAAUUCCAGGUGCGUGCAGUUAACCAGGCUGGUAUCAGCGAGGGAUCUGUCCCUAGUGCUGCUACUGAGUGCAAAGAGUGGACAGUUGCGGUGCCAGGGCCUCCCCAUGGCCUACGUGUGCAAGAGGUACGGAAGGACUCCGUGGUACUGCUGUGGGAGCCGCCCACGUUCGACGGCCGCGGUGCCGUCACCGGCUACUAUGUGGACAUCAAAGAGGAGAAGGGCAGGUGGAGAGGUGUCCAGGACAGGUCCACCAAGCAGACAUUCAUGAAGAUAACUGGGCUGAAAGAAGGCAAGUCCUAUAUGCUGCGUGUGCACGCUAAGAAUGUGGUUGGUGUUGGUGGACCCUCCAAAACAUCAGACCCCAUUGUUGCUCAGACCCGGCCAGGAACUAAUGAAAUUGUGGUGGAUGUGGAUGACAACGGCGUGAUUUCUCUGAUUUUCGAGUGUUCCCAGAUGGCUCAAGGUUCUCAGUUUGUUUGGUCCAAGGACUACAAGGCCCUAACUGAUACCUCUCGCCUCACUGUUCAGACGGUCGGCGGGAAAUCCAGAGCCAUCUUCAAUGACCCCUCUCUGGAGGAUCUGGGCACCUACUCUUGUUUUGUCACUAACACCGACGGAGUCUCUGCUAGCUACACUCUGACGGAGGAGGGUCUGAAGCGCUUGUUGGAAAUCAGCCAUGAGCAUCAGUACCCCAUUAUUCCCUUCAAGUCUGAAAUGGCAGUUGAGCUUCAGGAGAAAGGACGUGUGCGUUUCUGGGCCCAGGUUGCCAAGUUUACUUCUAAUUGCCAAGUGCAAUACAUCUUCAAUGACAACAUCAUUACUCAAGGAAAGAAAUACACAAUGAAUUUUGACAAGUCCACUGGCAUUAUUGAGAUGUUCAUGGAUUCCCUGGAAGUCACGGAUGAAGGGACCUUUACAUUUAACCUGGUUGACGGCAAAGGAACUGGUCGGACCAGCUUAGUUCUUAUUGAAGAAGAAUUUGCUGAGAUUCAGAAGAAGUCUGAGUUUGAGAGAGCUGAGUGGGUCAGGAGACAAGGCCCUCACUUUGUGGAGUACCUCAGUUUCGAGGUCACACCAGAAUGUAACGUGUAUCUGAAAUGCAAGGUAGGAAACAUGAAAACCGACACCGAGAUCUCCUGGCUUAAGGAUGGAAUUGAGAUUGCAGAGGAUGACGAAGAUGCUAAGAAAAUUGGCAUUGCUGCUGGAGUGCUGUCCUUCAACAUCGGCAAGCUUUCGAAAAAAGACGCCGGUGUUUAUGAGGUGACACUGUGGGACGAGAGAGGAAAGGAUAAGACCAUGCUCAACCUGACCGAAGCUGGCUAUCAGGCUGUGCUGAGUGAAAUGUUCAGAGUUAUAGCUAACUCUGCCACCGAGCUGAAGGUCGAGAGCACAGAACAUGGAAUCAUCCUCUCCACAAACGUUGUGCACUACUUUGACGAGCUCCGUGUUGGCUGGCUUCACAAAGAGUCAAAGAUCUCCUACUCAGACAGAGUGCAGUGUGGAGUCACAGGAGAGCAACUGUGGCUAAAAAUCAAAGAGCCGACCAACAAAGACAAGGGCAAAUACUCCAUCGACAUCUUUGAUGGCAAAGCCAAUGUCAAGAAAGUUCUUGACCUGACUGGAAAAAUAUGGGAGGAAGCCUUUGAAGAGUUCCAGAGACUGAAGGCGGCAGCCAUCGCAGAGAGAAACCGGGCUCGUGUCGUGGGCGGCCUGCCAGAUGUGGUCACUAUCCAGGAGGGCAAGUCCCUCAACCUCACUGGCAACGUGUGGGGCGACCCCGUACCUGAAGUGAGCUGGGUGAAGAACGAUAAGCAGCUGGUGUCUGACGAUCACUACACACUCAAGUUCGAGCACGGCAAGUUUGCCAGCAUGACCAUCGCGGCCGUCACCGCAACUGACUCGGGCAAGUACGCCCUGGUGGUCAAGAACAAGUAUGGCACGGAGGCUGGCGAGUUCACGGUCAGCGUCUACUUCCCAGAAGACGAAGCCGAGAAGAAAGAGUAGAGAAAGACGGACGUAGGGUGGGGGUGGUCUGAGUAUGACCAGCCUGGGUUCCACAGCAUUUUACUCCAAAGCACGUUCAGCCGCUGUACCAUGCCAUGACCAUACAGAUAAAGGAAGGCUUAAAGUUCCAGGGAACAUGUAAAAUAAAAUAUGAAAUGUUUGUAUAAUACUAAACAAGAGUGUUAUAUUAAACUUUCAGCAAAUCACCCAUUUAAAAAAACAUGAUAAAACACUACUCAAAAACCAACCAAACUGGCUCAUCAGUCCUAGCUAGAAACACACAGGGGCCAAUACUCUUGAUGGACAGCCUGCACAGCCUGUUCGGAGCAGAGCUGAAUACU